AUGUAUGGGAAGAUGAGUCUGGUGAGGUGUGCGGUGGCGAUGCUUUUCCUCGGUCUCACCUCUGCUUCGGAAGUCAUCAGCGACUUGGUUGCACCAGAAGCCGACCAGCAACGCGCCCUCCGGCUGCGUGGGCAGAGCUUUUGGACAGCCUUGGCGAAGGUGGCAGAGGACAUGCGUCUCCUCCGGCAUGCGCAGCUCUACGAGGAGGUGGAGCAGGCCCUGCCGGGUCUGGCUGCCGAUCACCCCGUGGCCGAGGCCCUGUCGGAGUCACUGCAGCGGCUGAAGCGAGCUGAUGCUGCUGUGCUGGCACAG